AUGGCCUGCAUGCCCAGUUCUGGGUGGAAUGCCUGGAGAUACCACAUGGCAGAGAAGUCACCCGCGGUACAGCCAACGAGGCAUCGAAGGGUGUUGACGCCAGCCCGUUUCCAUGUCGCCCUGGAGCUCCAGAAGUCGAGGCUUAGCGUCGAAGGAGUAGGGGCUUUGGCCGAUUUGCAGGGAGAGGUAGCUGCUGUGCUCUUGCAGGAGGGGGAUGCUGGUGCUGUGCUUUUGCUACAUUUUGGCCGUGAUUGGCAAGACAGGAUCGUUGCUGCUGGGUUCCUCGAGAGGUUGGGGAAUAUGGAUGAACGUGGGUGUGAGGCUGAAAGGAUGCGCCGCGAGAGGGUUGACCGUGAGUUGCGAAAGAGGUGCGCCAUGAUCGCGUUUCCAAUUGUGAUGAGCCCGGAAUCUGGUGAUGAUCAAAUGGGAUCAGACUUUGAGGAAUACCUCCGCCAAGCGAUCGCCCUCGCCCGGGAAGCCCUCGAGGCCGGCGAUGACCCCUUCGGCUCCGUCCUCGUCGAUCCCGCCACCGACUCAGUCCUCCAAUCCGACCGCAACCGCACCGUCACGGGCGCUAAGGAUCUGAGCUCGUCAGAGGCAGGCAAGCCCGAUCCCACGCUUCACCCCGAGUUCACCCUCGCCCGCUGGGCCCAGCUCAACCUCACCGCUGAGCAGCGCGCUAGGGCCGUCGUGUACACGUCCGGCGAGCACUGCGCCAUGUGCGCCGCCGCCCACGCCUACUGCGGGCUGGGCCGCAUCGUGUACGCGACCUCGACGGAGCAGUAUGGCCAGUGGAAGGAGGAGAACGGCGUGACGGGGGGAAAGGUCGCUCCCUUGAGCAUCCGAGAGAUUGCGCCUGGUGUCGAGGUUGAGGGACCUGUGCUUGAGUUGGCGGACGAGGUCAGGGCGCUUCACGUGCAGAGGUGGGCUGCGAAGAGAAAGUGA